AGCACAGUUGGCGUAGACGCCUCUAAACAAUGGCCGAGUCAGGAGAGGAGCGGAUUUCUGCGCUCAAAUCUUUUCUUUUAACUUAUUUAAUGCCAGAAAAAUGUUACGAGCGUUUCUUCCUCCGUCUGGACUUCAGUCACGUGCCGUGUGUGAAGGUGGUUCUCAGUAAAGUGCUGGAGUUCUGGAUGGUGGGAACUCUGCUGGCUCCUUUGCCUCAGAUAUGGAGGAUUUUCCGGGCGGGCAGUUCUGACGGCCUCAGUCUGGUGUCUGCGCUGCUGGACCUGCUGGCUGUUUCUGCUCAUGUCGCUUUCUGCGUCCACCACAACUUCCCCAUCGGAGCGUGGGCUGAGAGUGUGUGGGUGCUGGUUCAGCUCGCUCUCCUGAUGUUCCUCAUCCAGCACUACAGAGGAGACAGCAUUAAAGGUGGCGUUUCUCUCGCUGCUUACUCAGCGUUUAUGUACCUGCUGACGUCACCUUUGACCCCUCGGGAGGUCAUCAAGGCGACGCAUGAGUGGAAAGUGCUGAUCAUCAUCGCUAGUCGACUGGUGCAGGUGGGCUGUAAUCAGAGCGCCGGAUCUACAGGACAGAUAUCAGCCCUGAGUGUGUUCCUGCUGUUCAUGGGCUCCUUAGGACUCACAUACACAUCCAUACAGGACUCUGGUCAUUCUCUUCAUUCUCAGGCGUGUGUUUUGUCCUCCUGUUGUUCCGUGCUGCUCCUGCUCCAGGUUCUCCUGUUCCGGAACCGUCAGUCAGUGGAUGGAGAGAGAGAGAGACGGGGGGAUGGAGAGAGGGAGAGACGGAGGGCUGGAGAGAGGGAGAGACGGAGGGCUGGAGAGAGGGAGAGACAGAGGGAUAGAGAGAGGGAGAAAAGGAAGGAGGAGUAGAAGAGAAAAGAUGAGUGUAGUGGUUUUAUUCCUGCUCUAUUAACAGGCGACAAACUAAUAUCCCAUAAACCCAAUGGGCUGCAGUUCAGGGCUUCUGCCACCGGGGGGCUCCAACAUCCCUUUAACCAUGAGGACCAGCUUUUCUGCAGUUUUGCCGUUUCAGACUUACAGUUUUUAAACUACAGCGUCGGACCAAACCGAGACUCAGAGAGACUGAAGCUCUGUCUCACAGUGUCGCACGAGAGGAUUCUCGCACGAGAUCUGCAGCUUUAUAAACUAUUUACCAGCGCGUUCUCUAUGGAAUCAAACACGA